AUGACCACGAGCUACAAGCCUACAACUCUGAACAUCCUGGAUUUGACAACUCUCGAACUGACAAUUGCCUUCAAGUCGACAAAGAUGGGUGCUAUUGUGGAUGCCCUGCGCGCCCUUCGCAAGAGAACUCUUGAAGUAUCGUCUACGAAGCAAAAGCUUCUACGACCCGCUGUUGGGGAUAACUCGGCCGCUGGACGCCGAAUCAUACCGGCCCAGAAGCAUGACAGCUUGAUUGGGGUACGCAUUGACAGGGGAGUGCAAGUCGACAAGCGCGUUAAGAUAUACGUCCAACCUAAUAAGAAUGCCGACAACCGCACGGUCAGAGACUUGGCCAACAAAGAUAGCCACCAGAACCUUGCCGAAGCUUGGGUGGACAUUGAGGACCCCGUGGAUGACUCGACCGUGAAUAAGGUUUUCGAUGCUUUGGAAGCAAGUGCGAAGGAGAAGGGCCAUUGA